GACAUAGAAAUACGUUGCUCUGUGUGGACUGAAAUGUCACUCGCAAUCAUGGAAGCGGUUCUACGAGAAGAUAGCAAACAAUUCGACAAAUUCUUACCUCUAAUUUAUGACAAUGCAACAAUACUUAUUUCUGGUUCAUCAGAUAUGCGAGUACGUGAAUUUGCUGGGCUUCUUCUGCGGAAACUUGCAAAAUUUCAUUUCAACUCAUGA